AUGAACUACACUUCGUUGCUAGCUGUUCUCGUGUUUGCUGCUCUUUACACAAGAGUUCAAGCGGAUUUUAUGGAGUGUCAAAUGUGUGAAUUGACAGUGAAAGUUGCGGCUCCAAUGCUCGGACAGGACACCGCCAAUAUUGAGAAGGCAGUUGAUGAUGAAUGCAAAAAAGAAUUCCACAAGAUCCCAUUUGCAUCACAGGAAUGUAGGAAUUUCAUCAAUGCCAAACUUGACCCAAUCAUUCACGAGCUCGAAAGCGGAACUGCUCCAAAGGAUGUCUGCAGAAAACUUGGAAUGUGCUAA